CGCUCUGUUUGCUACCGAUCGAUCUAUCUAUCAGUCAACUUCUUCAAUCGAUUGAUUCUAUCGUCUCCUCUAUUCAUAUCAUCAUGGUUCAACUCUUCAAACUCGUUGGGACUAUUGCCGCCACUGCUGCCUUUGUUGCACCGUCCAUUGCCCAUCCGGGCGAGCACCACGAUCACGAUGCAAUCAAGGCCCAGAUUCAGGCUAGAGAGAGACUCGCCGCGAAAGUCAGGCGCUCCGUUGAUGCUUGCAGCGAGAGUAGCGACCAUCUCCAAGUUUCAGCUCGCUCUGCCGCUCGUCGCUCCAAGGUCGUCAGAGAACUUCGUGAGAAGCGCGGAAUCAAUGCUGCUCCCCAGAAGUUCAAGCGUGACCUGGCGACCCUCGAGAAAUUUGACGCGCUUGACCACAACCGUACCGAUGUCCUUCAUUACGAUAUGAACACUCCAGAGAGCAUCGUCUUUGGUGCCAACACCAGCUGUGUGUUGAGCCCAGAAGUCACUGAUGGUCCCUACUAUGUGACUGGCGAACAGAUCCGCAGCAACGUCAAGGAAGAGCUCUACUGCGAAGGUGUCGACCUGUUCCUUGAAGUUCAGUAUAUCGACAUCAACACUUGCCAGCCUGUUCCCGACGUCUGGGUUGAUAUCUGGAAUGCAAACGCUACUGGCGUCUACUCUGGCAUAUCUACCUCUGGCAACUAUGCCUCAGGUGGGUAUAACUCUACCUACCUUCGGGGUGUUCAGCCCACUGAUGGUGACGGCGUCGUCCACUUCGAAACAAUCUUCCCUGGUCAUUAUGAUGGUCGCGCGACCCACACUCAUCUUCUCUCACACAUGAAUGUAACUCGCUUCCCCAACAACACAAUCUCCGCCACGAACAACAUAACUCACAUCGGCCAACUAUUCUGGAACUCUGAGCUUCGCGAAGCAGCCGAGGAAGUCUACCCAUACAACACCAACACUCAAGUAGUGACCAGCAAUGCAGAUGACAUGUGGGACAUUGUUGCUGCAGGCACGACUUUUGAUCCUUUCCCGGAAUUCAUCUAUCUCGGUGACGAUAUCUCUGAUGGUCUCUUUGCUUGGAUCCAGAUUGGCAUUGAUCCUACUGCCAAUUAUGUUGAUGACGAGUAUUACGCUGUUGCUGCUUACUUGGAUGCCGAGGGUGGACAUGCUUCGUCGAGCUCAUUUGUUGGGGGCGACGGAGGUGAGGGCAUGGGAAAUGGCACUGCUCCUGGUAGCGGAACCGCGCCUAGCAAUGGCACUUCAUCCGCAGUCGUAGCUUGAGCGCAGAAUACGCAAUUCGAAGCUCGGUCAAUAUGGCUAAAAUCGUGUCCCUUUUUCGUAGACCUUCCGUUUUCG